GUUCCUCUGAGGCGGGCCGGGGCAGGCAGCGGCAGCGGGUGCCGGGGCUGACUCGCCCCCCCCCCCCGCAGGAUGAGCAUCAUGGAUUUCAAUGUGAAGAAGUUCGCUGCCGAUGCGGGCACCUUCCUGAGCCGCGCCGUGCAGUUUACCGAAGAAAAACUUGGUCAAGCAGAGAAGACUGAACUGGAUGCUCACUUGGAGAACCUCCUCAGCAAAGCAGAAUGUACUAAACUGUGGACAGAAAAAAUUAUGAAGCAGACAGAGGUUUUAUUGCAGCCAAACCCAAAUGCUAGAAUAGAAGAAUUUGUCUACGAGAAGCUGGACCGCAAAGCACCAAGUCGUAUGAAUAACCCAGAACUACUAGGCCAGUAUAUGAUUGAUGCAGGGAAUGAGUUUGGCCCAGGAACAGCAUAUGGAAAUGCAUUAAUUAAAUGUGGAGAAACACAAAAGCGAAUUGGAACAGCAGAUAGAGAACUAAUUCAAACAUCUGCUAUAAACUUCCUCACUCCUCUAAGAAAUUUUAUAGAAGGAGAUUAUAAAACAAUUACUAAAGAACGCAAACUAUUGCAAAAUAAAAGACUAGAUUUGGAUGCAGCAAAAACCAGACUGAAGAAGGCAAAAGGUGCAGAAGCUAGAGCUGCACAACUAAACAUCUCUCAGCCCGAAGAAAAUAACAUUAUGGUAAAUGUCUCUUACAUGCUCAACUUGCUGCAUGUAAAAUGGCUAAAGAUUUGGGCAGAGGAAGUGACAAAAUCUGAACAGGAUGUACGAAUAACUCAGAGUGAAUUUGACCGUCAAGCAGAGAUUACCAGACUGCUGCUGGAAGGCAUCAGCAGUACACAUGCACAUCAUCUUCGCUGUCUGAAUGAUUUUGUUGAAGCUCAGAUGACCUAUUAUGCACAAUGUUACCAAUAUAUGUUGGACCUCCAGAAACAACUCGGAAGCUUUCCAUCUACCUUCCUCUCUAACAAUAAUCAGUCUUCCUCAACCCCAGUGCCAAGUGUUUCUGCUUCCUCAGUCUUGGCUUCUGCCUCUGCUUCAUUGCCUUCAGUAAGCAAUUCCGUAAUUACUUCAGGCUUCAGUGAACUGAAAGCAUCAAGUGGCAGCAGGAAAGCCAGAGUUCUCUAUGAUUAUGAUGCUGCAAACAGCAGUGAACUAUCCCUUCUUGCAGAUGAGGUGAUCAUAGUGUACAGUGUCCCUGGUAUGGAUUCAGACUGGCUGAUGGGUGAAAGGGGAAAUCAGAAGGGCAAAGUGCCUAUUACUUACUUAGAACUGCUAAACUAAAUGGCUGGCUUGAAUAAAGACUGCCAGUUACAGUGACACCAUAUUUAUAUACAAUUAACUUUAUAUAAAGCAGGUUUAAGUGUCUUCCAUGUUAUUGGCUUAAGGGAUAAGAAUACCAGUCAUCAGAAACUCUUCUGCCAGUAUUGUUGCAUGGUAAAUACUCUGUUCAGAUUUAAUUUGUGUUUAAAGCUUUUAUUUCAUGUGCCAAGAAUGUUUCCUACAGAAUUGUUUCUACUGACGUUUUCACUAAUACCAAGCUUCUACUUUUGAGUAAUCUAGACUGAAAGCAGGAGGCACUGUUUUCUACUGAAUUUUUCAUUAAUGGCAAGCUGCUUUCCUCGCAUAAAAUAAAUUUAUUGUGAAUUGA